AAUCAGUCUGUAUCAAUUGUACCUAGCAAUCAAACGACAUCGCUGCCAGUUUCAAAAAUGCCACCUCCACCCCGGUUGCAGCUUGCUUCUGCGCUGGUGAAUCCAUCACAGUUAGGCUUUCUGAUAUAUGGACGCCCUACCGUCCUGCGAGCGUGUUUGGACCCAAGCCUCCUGGGACAUUCUCCAAGCGUCGAGAUCGCUGACGGCGCGCCAAGCCCGUUUAGCGCGAUUGAAUUCCACCAAAGAGCAGAGCGACAUGACGUUAGCGCCGCCGCCUCCGACAACACCAUAACCCAACGGCGCGAGGAGCUAUGCCUGCCCUCUAACCCAACAUGCCACGAUGGCCUCAACACACAUCCAGCUGCAGCCUUUCUUCAAACAGGACCCACCCUUGGCCUAACUGCGCGCCCACGGGGACAUUGGCUUUCGUCUCCAGAAUUUAGCACAGGGGGCAGGGUAACGCACGCUGGCAUCCCACCUCAGGAUGCCGCAUGGCGGCGUCACAUCACCACCGCGUCAUCAAACCAAGCCGCACGCACUAGCGGCGCCGACGCAUCCAGCAGCAGCAGCGGCAGUGAGGUAUCCCAGGACCCCUUGGGCGGCAGCGGUGCUGUGGGCAUUCCUGGCUCGUCCUCAGCUCCUCCCUUCCGUGUGAGUGGCGGCAGCCGCGGAGGCAGCAGCGGCAGCAGCAGCCCGGAAGAGGAGUUUAGCUUUGUGCAGGUGGGUCGCCCCGUCCGCACACGCAUACCCAUCACCUCCACACCCUCCACCUCCACGACACCCUCCUCGCGCUCCCGACCCAGCUCCCGAGCCUGGAUGGACGACGACCUCCCAUCCCCAGCCUCCACCUCCUCCUCUCCCAGCCACGAUGAUGAUCAGCCCCAAGAAUGGCCGCUCGACCGCAUCCCCAUGGUCCCGCCCGAG